CUCCCGACUUCGUACCAUGUCUAGCUUUCCAGUCGAUCCGGCCCACGCCGAUAAUACCAGCCCUCCUGAUUCCGCCUCGACUGACCAGCAUCACUCUGAGGGCGCGGCGAAUGGCGAACAGGAUAAUGACGGACCCGGGAAGAAGAAAAAGGGUCCAAAACGCCGCAAAGUCAACCAUGCCUGUCUCUACUGUCGUCGCAGCCAUAUGACCUGCGACGAAGGACGUCCCUGCCAACGCUGUAUUAAACGCGAAAUCGGCCACCUCUGCCACGACGAGCGGCGAUCCUCGGUAAAGGAGAAAACACCAACUCCUGGAAGCAGCUCUAUUCCAAACCCUCCCGUCGACGUCGCGCGAGCCCUACCUGGAUCUUCUCCCUUCGGCUCGACCCCAAUAGCCCCGACCACUAUGAACCCCGCAUGGCCUGGAAUGGGCAUGGCGCAAGGAGCAUUCCUGUACCAGCCCGAGGCCUUGAAUGAAUUUUCAGUCCUAUCGGACUUCCUCGAAUCCCUUGAUGACGGCUCGUUCUUUGGACAACCCAACGGUGUUGGGCCCUCGCUGAUGUCACCUACCCCCUACAACAGCACCGUCCUUGGCGUAGACAACCCAUAUAUUUCGAACGAGCGGCCGGCCAGUCCGGCUGAACCUGCCCCCGCUGCCCCCGAGAAGCCUCCAGCAGAGCCGGCUCCUGUCGUCCUCCCGGCGGCAACGAAGACGGAGAGGUUUUUCCUCACUGCGGCAGACCAAGCGUCGGGGUCACGCAACGAGCGCCUGAACAUGGUCAUCAGGAGCAAAUACGAAGCGGGCCUACUCAAACCAUACAACUAUGUCAAGGGAUACGCACGAUUAUCGCGAUGGAUGGACAAGAAUGUCUCCCUCGAGUCGAAACAGAAGAUCCUCCAGCCACUUUCGGUGCUACGGCCGAAAUUCAGAGCGAUCGCACAGUCAGAGUCCCUGACAGACAUAGAUCUCGUGUUCAUAGAGGAGGCAUUCGAGCGUCUGCUACUCGACUAUGACCGGGUGUUCUCCGCAAUGGCCAUCCCGGCAUGCCUGUGGCGACGCACGGGCGAGAUCUACAAAGCGAACCGCGAGUUUGCUGAGCUCGUGGGCGUCGACGGGUACAUGCUCCGUGAUGGCCGUUUAUGCAUCUACGAGCUCAUGGCGGAGGACUCGGCUGUGAACUACUGGGAGAAAUACGGCAAUGUCGCGUUCGACUCAAAUCAGAAGGCAGUUCUCACGUCGUGUGUGCUCCGGUACAAGCCAUCCCUACCGUCGUCGGGCGCGACGACGCCCUCGCGCAGGUCGACGCAGACGCCGCCAAAAGAAGAAGGCUUCAUCAGCUGCUGCUUCUCGUUCACGAUCCGGAGGGACCCGUAUGGGAUCCCGACGCUGAUUGUGGGCAACUUUAUCAAAUGUUGACAAUGUCCGUCCGUGCCGUGUAUUUAUCUGUCUUGCUUUUAGUCUGCUGGUACAAGGUGUAGAAUAGUGUUUGAUUGCGAUGGGCGUUCGUUCAUCAACCCACGAAGGCUCUGUAAUAUACCGUCUUCUCGCCGUU